GUACCUACGAAAUUACGACUAGUUGCCCUAUAAAGUCCCUCAAGGAUUUGCAUAAUGAACCUGGGUAGCCCCGCCGAUCCAAGCCACUUACCCCUACAAUGUCAUCUACGAGAGUUGGUCACUUUCAGGCUCUAGACCUAUCAACAGAAGACAGAGUAAUUGUCCAAGAUGAGCUCUAUGGCAGCUUUACAAUAACUGAUCCAGUACUUAAUGAACUCCUACGAUUACCCUCUCUAGCACGUCUAAUAGGGGUGCGUCAGCAUGGGAUCUCUGCCCUUCUACGCUUCACACCUCCCAUUACGCGGUUUGAACACUCCCUCGGCGCGUUACUACUCGUGCGACGCGUCGGCGGUACACUAGAAGAACAGAUAGCAGCCUUGUUACAUGAUAUCAGCCAUACAGCGCUGAGUCAUGUUGUAGAUUUCGCCUUAUCUGAGCCAGGUGAGGGAAGUUUCCACGAGGUACACAAGAUGCGUUUCAUCGAAACAACUACGAUUCCCGAAAUACUUACCAAACAUGGUUUCGCGGAUUUAAGACCCUUAAACGAAGAACUUUACCCAUUAGUCGAAAUGCCAACGCCACAUCUUUGUGCCGACAGACUUGACUACGGCCUACGCGAUGCGGUGGGCUUCGGUGCUCUCUCCCUCGAAGAUGCUCAACGCAUCAUAACUUCCCUCAAAGCAUUCCCCGAUGCGAUAUCCCCGCACCGUCUACUUAUACUUGAAAGUCAAGAGGAUGCGCUAGCUCUAGCAACGGGGUAUAUGACAUGCGAUAGAGAUGUGUGGGGAAACCCAGCACAUGGAGAUCUGUAUACGAGGACGGCAGACUUGAUGCGAUCUUCUAUUCGCGCUGGGGGUAUUCAAGAGGAAGAAUUGUGGCGACUAUCAGAUGACGAGUUUUGGGCUAAAAUGCGCCAAGUCCUCGGCCAAGAUGAGCAAAAGGCCAUGAUCAAGCUUGAGUCCGAGAGUCUCCCUGAUGAUCAGCACCUGCCACUUCCCCGCGGCGCGAAAAUUCGUACUAUAGAUCCUGAGGUUUAUGAUUGUUCUAGUGAGACAGCCGUUCCUCUAUCGACAUUAGAUAAAAGGUAUGGUACAGAGAGGGAGGAAUAUAUUCGUGCCCGGAAGGCGCUCUAUGCCUAGAGUGUGUUGUCAUCGUCGUUUUCAGAGAACUAGGUAGUCACUGCAAGCAAUUGUCGUAUUCGAAUGUAAACUAGGUAACCUUUAAAGGAGACCUAUACAACUAUUCAGUUCGGCUUGUUAAAUUAGGCAUUAUU